AUGGCCGCCGCAAAAACCACGCAGCAUAUUGGAAUAUUAUAUUUAAAGGAAGGCGCAGAGUGGGCGCAGUAUCUCAGCUCGCAAUUUCUCAAAGACAAGAGGCUGGAAUUGGAAGUAGUGCUUUUGGAUUUAGGGCGGGAAAAUACUGAAGCAGACGUGACUAGUGUGACGUCAUCGUGCUAUGUGACGAUUCUGCUCAUGACGCCUGAUAUUAUGGGAUGGAUGACAAACAUUCAGAAUCUAGAUAUUUAUCUAAAAGUUAUACCUCAACACCGUGGAAUAGUGGCAAUUUCAGCUUUCAUUGACGACAGUGAGUAUUCAGAUAUUCAAAAAGUGUGCUCUACGUCAUCAAGAUGGACGCCAAUGACCUUGACCGAAACGGUUCCUGAAAAUAUCAAAAUGGUUGCUGAAAUUAUAGAUCUAGUCGAAGAAGUUGAAAAAGCUGAAAAACAAAAGCUUCCUCCGAUGCCAAAGAAAAGGUCUACGUUUGAAAAAGCUAAAAUUCCAGAAGAUUCAGAAUCCCCGACUAAAAUUUCCGCUCCGGAGGUCCGAGAUAUAUUUCCGUCCAAGGUGUUUACUGCACGAGAAAAGGUUGUUAUAGUAUUUAAAGAACCGGUUAAUGGAACCGUACAUGUUUCGUUUAAAGAUACCAACAGUGAAAAACAUGAUACAAAAAAACUGAAUCCUUACUGUUUUAGAUUCCGUACACCAGAUCCUCUUCCCACUAGUAACAUGUUGGCGAUCUAUCUUGAUGGGAAGAAAAUCGCCUCCAAACAUCUCACCUUCGUCAAGCCGACUCAAUCAGCUCUACAGUGUAUCGGAUACUUGAUGCAGACUCUAGGAGUUGAGACACCCGAGGAACUCGACCAGCGCCUCUGUGAUAUUUUUGAAAGGAGUUUACCACGUGAUAAUGUUCUGAAUAAAUUAUUUUGUAAUGAAGAAGUCCAGUUGAUUUUAGAUAACAAUGUUAAACAUAUGAACGAUUUUCCAACUUUGCUUCAUUUCUCCGCUGCUCAUGGUUUAUCCGAUUUCACCUCCAUGUUACUAGAACUGCCGGGCUCCAUGGCAGUAUUUAAUAUUAUAAACCAAAGAAACCAAAACCCGGCUGAAAUGGCAGCUGCCAAUCAACACCACGAUUUAGCUCGCUAUAUUACAGACUUUACUGAUACCCAUGCGAUUAUAGACGCUUGUGGAAUUUAUGUCAGUAUGGCUGGACUUGAUGGUGAUACAAAUUGUUCUGAAUCGGACGAGAACUAUAUAGAUAUGAGAGGGCUUCGCAGAUCAACUUCUUCAGAAGAUUUAUACUGUAGAUCAAAAGAUGACUUACUUGAACCAGAGAAUGAGAAAUCAGAAGCAGAAGAACCUCCUCCGCCACUACCGCCCGCCCGAUACGUCCCCAACCUACCUCCCAUCCCCCCUCAACACCGGAAACAUAGUUUAGACUUCACAAAUGCUCCACCAGCAGUCACAAGAGCUCCAUUAACUGUCUCGCCAACUCCAACCCGACCAAAAGAUUUGAAUAGUCCACAAGCUAUAUGGUUUCAAAAUCCCACGUCAUUUCUUGAAUUCACACAUCAAAGAAAAUUGUCUCCCAGUGCGAUGGGCAGUUCGGCUCAGCAAGAUUUAAUAGAUAUACAGACCCUUGUUAAAACCAAAGAAUAUACGGUAGAUGAAGCCGUUCAGAUUUUUAACUCAUGGAGAGAUCGGCCAUCAUCACAAUCAUUUAAAGACCGCAAGAAAAAUUUAGAAGAUCUGAAAUCCAAGGCAUCCAUGGUUACCCCCCAACAUGAAAAAAGUUUGUUUAGAAGAUUGAUUUCAUUCAGAACGAAACGGCAGGAGAAGAAGGUCCCCAGUUCACCAUUGGCGGUACCUCAAUAUGAAACCUACACUAUACCUAACCAGUUUAUAUCUCAACCUUCCAGUCUCCAUAGAGUUAGUAGUCUUAGUAUCAGUAGUUCAUCAAGUGGUACGUCUAGAGAAAGUGGUGUUAGUUUAAAAGAGAUAGUAGAAGUGCACAGUUCGGACAGUGAGGAUGAGGAACGACCGGCCCUACCCCCCAGGCGGAAAAGAUCCAACUCAAACGUCACUCCGGACAAAAGGAAGUCAAAGAAGGAUAUGUUUUUAGAACGAAGUGUUGAUGAGGAGGAACUUGAAUUACCUUCGUUGCCUCCCAGACGAUACCAGAAAUCAACGUCGUCUUCUCAAUCACCACCCCAACUUCCUAAACCUCGGGGUGCUCGUUGA